AUGAGCAACGCGCGCCGAUUCGCCAUGAUGCCGGGGCCGAAGCCGCUGCCGUUGCUGGGCAACUCGUGGCGGUUCGCGUUAGGCGUCGAGCCGUGGAGGACCCUCGGCUUGGACAAGACCCUGUGGCAUCUGAAGGCCCUGGCAGGCUCGAGAGGUGCGGCCAAGGUGGCCAAGCUCUUCGGCCACCCGGACCUUGUGUUCCCGUUCAGCGCCGAGGAGACGGCGCGGGUGUACAGGCGGGAGGACCCGAUGCCCCAUCGGGCGGUCGCGCCCUGUCUCAGGCAUUACAAACAGGAACUGAGGAAGGAGUUCUUCGGAGACGAACCGGGCCUUAUCGGUGUGCAUGGGAAGCCUUGGUCGAAAUUUCGAUCCAAGGUAUCGAGGGCACUGGCAGCUCCUGAAGCGGCGAGAUCAGUAGUUCCAACUUUAGACUAUGUCGCAGAAGAUUUCGUUAAGAGAAUGGAGAGCAUACUCGACGAAAACCGCGAGCUGCCCGAGAACUUCUUAACAGAGCUUUACAAGUGGGCCCUCGAAUCUGUCGGGGCGUGGGCGUUGGGCACUAGACUGGGAUGCUUGGAGGAAAACGAGGCUGAGGCGAGGGCCAUCAUCAAAUGCAUCCACGGCUUCUUCCAUAGCGUGCCCGAAUUGGAGUUGUCGGCUCCGCUCUGGCGGCUAUACCCGACCUCCGCCUACAAGACCUACGUCUGCGCAUUGGACGCCUUCAGAUCGCUCUGCUUGAGAAGAAUGACUGACAAGGGCGUUUGCGCGCACAUCGCUCAGGCGUCUGGCAAGAGGGUCGCCACAAUACUGGCCUUGGACCUAUUGCUGGUUGGCGUUGACACCACAGCGGCGGCGGCUGCCAGCACCAUGCACCUACUGGCGACAAACGCUAGGGCGCAGAGGAGAUUGCACGAUGAACUCGACACCAACCUAGCCACGGAGAGAGUGCUGACCGGUAGAGAUCUGGACCGCUUGCCGUAUCUACGCGCUUGCAUAAAGGAAGCGUUGAGGAUGAGACCUGUAAUACUGGGUAAUGGCAGAUGCAUCCAAUCCGAUGCGGUCAUAUCCGGCUACGAGGUUCCAAAAGGCUCACACGUCGUAUUCCCACAUUAUAUCCUGUCGAACGACGAGCGAUACUUCCCGUCGCCGCAAGAAUACGUGCCCGAGAGAUGGCUGAGGGUAACUGCGAAUGUAACUAGCGAGACUAACACGGAACAGAUCGAUGGCAAGCCGAAGGAUACGCUAUUCAAAGGCGCGACGGAUAUGAAAGAGGGCCCAAAGGAACCUUCGCACGAGAAGGCAAUGUCGAUAUGGCGGAAACAGAGGGAGAGGGGGAUACAUCCCUUCGCGUCGCUACCAUUCGGUUUUGGCAAGCGAAUGUGCAUAGGGAAGAGGUUUGCAGAAGCAGAGCUCCAGCUACUGUUGGCUAAGACGUUCCACAAAUACGAGGUGCUGUGGCGGUACGGCGAGUUGACUUACAGCGUCACUCCGACGUACGUACCUAACGAGCCCCUGAGGUUUACGUUGAGACCGCGCAGAAAACAC